AGCUGCAGAUCAGUUACUGUGAAAGAUGGAAGGUUUACUUGUGCUGCUUGGUGCUGUAUUACUGCUGGGGUCAACAGAGGGAAAUAAGAACUAUGAUGAACUACAUACAAGUAGGAAAGGAAUCGUUGACAAGGCAAUAGAACUGGCCAACAAUGUUUCUGGACAUCGUAAACACAUUGAUUUUGACUCUAUCUUGAACUCUGAUAACAAUGGCAUGGUCCAUGUGUUAUUAAAACCCACCUCGUGUGACAAGAAAGAGUAUGUCCAUCGACGUGAAUGUAAAACCAAUGAUCUCAAACCUUGGAUGUCCUGUGUUGCAUGUUCAAAUACUAUGGACUGUGUACGUUUGCGAGAACGAAAACCGGUACAGUGUACGAGUCAGAAAGCAGGGAACCCCGUCCUUACCGGGGGAACGCAUUCGUUGUUCCUACAAGGUACCACAGAAAGAGACCCAGAGCAACUGACUGGAUGUCUUGGAUGCAUAUGAGAUUAAAUAUAUGUUGUGUGUGUGAUAUCAUAUAUAUAUAUUUUUAAAAAAAAUCGACUGGAGACUUGAAUAUUUGAGAAGUCAUAAAUGAUCUGUGAAAAAUAUUUAUCAGCUGAAACAUGCGGUAGGCUUGUUUUUAACAAGAUAUAGCCUAUUGAUUUCUUUGGUGAUUUGCACAGGGAAAAGUAUUGUAACGAGACAGAGAAUGUAGUAAAUGUUCAAAAAUUGUUCAAAUAAAAAAAAUAUGCCUACAGGAUGGAAAAAUAUUAAAAUUAUGAUGUAGCGCAACCAUGUGUAUUUGUGUGCUUGACUUUUACUCUGAAGUAUGUAAUUUAGUAAUUUAUAUGAUAAUAUAAAAUAAUAUACAUCUCAUUAAGUUUGAAGCGAUUUGGAUGUUGC